AUGGGCGACGCAGGAUAUGUGGUCGAGGAGCAAUGGCACUCACAACCACGACACAUGAGGGUUAUCUGCAUUGGAGCGGGAGCGGCUGGUCUGAUGGUGGCGUAUAAGUUUCAACGGAAUUGUCAAAACUUUGACCUUGUUCUUUACGAUAAAAACCCAGAAAUUGGAGGCACUUGGUAUGAGAAUCGGUACCCUGGGUGUGCUUGUGAUGUGCCAGCACAUGUCUAUACGUAUCCGUUCGAACCGAAUCCAAAUUGGUCUCAAUUCUAUGCUGGGUCAGCGGAGAUUCAUCAGUAUUUUGUGAACUUUGCCGAGAAGUACAAACUUAAUCAGUACAUUAAACUCAAUCACAAGAUAAGUUCAGCACAAUGGAUUGAGGAAAAGGGGAUGUACGAAGUUGAAAUCGAAACCAAUGAUGGCAAGGUUAAGGAUUGGGCGAAUAUACUUAUCAACGCCACGGGCACGUUGAACAACUGGAAGUGGCCAGAUAUUCCGGGUCUUCAUGACUUCAGAGGUACGCUUGUGCACAGUGCGAACUGGGACCCAAAAAUUUCCUAUGAAGACAAGAAGGUCGCAGUGAUUGGAACGGGAUCAUCUGCAAUCCAAAUCAUACCUCAAAUUCAACCCAAGGCGAAGCAACUGGUCACUUUUAUGCGCUCUGUGACAUGGAUAUCACCUCCUAUAGCAGAAGACAUGCUCAAGGACACGAGCGUAGAGGCAACCACCAUCGACACAGACGACCGGCCGCAACAUGGGUAUACUGGUGAGGAGAUUCAUCGAUUCAACCAAAAUCCAAAGGAGUUUCUCGCCUAUCGCAAAGAACUGGAAUGUAGGUUCAACACAAUGUUUGAUGUCUUUAUCGCCGGCUCAAAGGUAUCGAAACAGGCUCAGAAGGGGAUGAGAGAAGAAAUGCUUCGUCGCAUUGGGCCGGGCAAUGAGGAUCUCAAGCAACACCUGAUCCCGACGUGGCCCCCUGGGUGUCGUCGAAUGACUCCUGGUGAAGGAUACUUGGAAGCUCUGACGAAGAACAAUGUCACACGGGUCUAUGAGGAGAUCAAGCAAGUCACAGCCCAGGGACUAGAAGAUGCAACAGGUAAAAUGCACGAGGUGGACAUAAUUGUCGCUGCAACCGGGUUUGACGUGUCCUUCAAGCCACCAUUCAAAGUCCUUGGAGUUGGCGACGUUGACAUGUGCGAAGAAUUUGACCGAACAGGAAUUCCCAGUGUUUACUUGUCAAUGACAGUUCCCAAAUUUCCGAACUAUUUCACUAUCAACGGAUUCCGAGGUAGUUGGGCAACUGGCACAGCCUUGAACUCACAUGAGGCAUGCGUCAAUUACAUUGUUCAGUGCUUCGGUCGGAUUCAGAAUGAGAAUAUUCGAGCACUAGAGGUCAGACCAGAGACUGUGGAUAGCCUCUAUGAACACAUAGAUGAGUGGCACAAGUGUUCAGUGUGGAACGCGGACUGCAAGAGCUGGUACAAAAGCAACACUCCAGAACGCAAAUUGAUAGUCUGGGCAGGUUCGAAUCUGCAUUUCCUAAAAAGCCUCGAAUUCGUUCGGUGGGAGCAUUAUCAGUUCCGAUACAACACGAGAAAUCCGUGGGCAUUUCUAGGCAAUGGUCGGGUGAAGGCUGAAAUAUCAAAAGAUAUAGCAAAGCUGACACCGUACAUUCGUAAUACGGAUGAGCCCUGGAGCAUUGAAUAG